AGGAACCCUCUAGAACACCACAUCGUUGAACGCGACAAUCUCUGCUCCGCCAUAUAAGACGCCACCGAUCCGAGCCACGCCAUGCUCCGGCUGCAAACAACAUCCAGAACGCGCAGAGACGCAGAUCGCGAGCGAGCGCGCACCCGUUAAUCGCUUCAUCUUUCCAUUCCACCUAGAGAGCCUUUCGCGUCCACGAACCGAACCAACAAUGGCCGCCGUGGAGGAUGAGGCGCUGAGGGCGCUGGAAGAGGAGGACGACGCCAUGAUGAACGAGCCGGACGGCGAGCCCAUGGACGGCCUCGACGUCGACGAGGAGGAGGAGGCCGACUCCCCGGCGACGAUGAAGGUCGGCGAGGAGAAGGAGAUCGGGAAGCAGGGGCUGAAGAAGAAGCUCGUCAAGGAGGGCGAGGGCUGGGAACGGCCCGAGACCGGCGACGAGGUCGAAGUGCACUACACGGGCACUCUCCUCGACGGGACCAAGUUCGAUUCGAGCCGAGACCGCGGGACUCCCUUCAAGUUCAAGCUCGGGCAGGGGCAGGUGAUCAAGGGAUGGGACCAGGGCAUCAAGACCAUGAAGAAGGGCGAGAACGCCGUCCUCACCAUCCCGCCGGACCUCGCGUACGGCGAGGCGGGCUCCCCGCCCACGAUCCCGCCCAACGCCACGCUCCAGUUCGACGUCGAGCUCCUCUCGUGGGCCAGCGUCAAGGACAUCUGCAAGGACGGCGGCAUCUUCAAGAAGGUCCUGGUCGAGGGUCAGAAAUGGGAGAAUCCCAAGGAUCUCGACGAAGUUACUGUCAAGUACGAGGCGAGACUUGAGGAUGGAUCCGUCGUGUCCAAGUCAGAGGGUAUUGAAUUCGCAGUGAAGGAUGGUUACUUCUGCCCUGCACUUUCCAAAGCCGUGAAGACCAUGAAGAAGGGCGAGAAGGUCCUCCUGACCGUCAAGCCACAAUAUGGUUUCGGCGAGCAAGGAAGGCCGGCUUCUGAGGUUGAAGCCGCGGUGCCCCCGAAUUCCACAUUGCACAUCGAUCUUGAGCUAGUCUCCUGGAAGACGAUCACCCUCAUCGGUGACGACAAGAGGAUCUUGAAGAAGGUGCUCAAGGAAGGAGAAGGCUACGAGCGCCCCAACGACGGGGCAGUUGUCAGAGUGAGACUGAUCGGCAAGUUGGACGACGGCACUGUGUUCACGAAGAAAGGACAUGAAGGCGACGAACCAUUCGAGUUCAAGACGGAUGAGGAGCAGGUCAUCGAAGGGCUGGACACGACGGUGCUCACCAUGAAGAAAGGAGAGGUCGCGUCAGCUAGAAUACCACCUGAACAUGCGUUCGGUUCCACUGAGACGAAGCUUGAUAUUGCUAUGGUUCCUCCCAACUCCACCGUCUUUUAUGAAGUGGACCUCGUUUCCUUCGAGAAGGAGAAAGAAUCUUGGGACUUGAAGAGUAAUGCUGAGAACAUCGAAGCAGCUGCUAAAAAGAAAGAUGAAGGAAAUGCGUGGUUUAAGAUGGGCAAGUACGCCAAGGCUUCCAAGAGAUAUGAGAAGGCUGCAAAGUACAUUGAGUAUGACAGCUCCUUCAGCGAGGACGAGAAGAAGCAAUCCAAGGCAGUGAAGAUCAGCAUCAAGCUCAACAACGCAGCGUGCAAACUGAAACUCAAGGAUUACAAGGAAGCAGAGAAACUCUGCGCCAAGGUUUUGGAGCUGGAGAGCACAAACGUCAAGGCUCUGUACCGGAGGGCGCAGGCGUACACCGAGCUCGUGGAUCUGGAGCUGGCAGAACUAGAUAUCAAGAAGGCUCUGGAGAUCGACCCAGACAACAGGGAGGUGAAGGUUGCGUACAAGGCGUUGAAGGACAAGCUGAGGGAGUACAACAAGAGGGACGCCAAGUUCUACGGCAACAUGUUCGCCAAAUGGAGGAAGACGGAGAACGCCGCCGGGAAGCAGAACGCGCAGCCUAUGGCCAUCGACAGCACCGCGUGACGGGUCUGCCGCGUCCUGGUACAGCCGGGUCUGGAGUUUGUAUCAGCGUUGUACCGUGGUUUUGGUUGUCUUGUCCUCUGUUCUGCAGCUUGUGCCUCGUCUGUGAUCGGCUGCGUGCCUUGAUAAUGUACUCAUAAUUUGCUGACGUACGAUUCUAGUAAAAAGAGUGUCUAUUUCGUUUUAAA